AUGACCAAGCUGUCGACGCUCGCCGCCGUGUUGGCUCUCUUCGCCGGCGUCCUUGGCCACCCCAGCACCCCAGAGGGUAUCCGCGCGGCCCUCGAGACACGGAGUCGCGUCACCGCUCAUUCCAGGCGUGCGCUGGAAAAGUGUGCCAAUGAUCCAGAAGCCUUGGCUCUUAGAGACCGCGCCGUCGCUCGCCGGGCUGCCAAGGCACACGCUCUCCGCACAAAGCGAGGCCUCGACAGCUCCCUCGUACGCCGUGCUGAUAGGGAGUCGCUUGAGAAGUGGUCAGACAUAUCCCACAACCAGUCGUCCAAGGGGUACAAGCUCGACACGGCUCUGAAGACCAUCUUCACCUCCAAUGCCACCUGCACCCUCGUCCCAGAAACCAUCAUCGGCCCAUACUAUGUCGAGGGUGAGCGCAUCCGCACCAACCUCACCGAUGGCCAGGCCGGCGCUGCAACCCACCUAGACUUCCAGUUCAUCGAUAUCAACACCUGCAAGCCCAUCCCCGAGCUCAUCAUCGACAUCUGGCAUGCCAACGCGACGGGCGUGUAUUCGGGCGUUUCCGCAAAGGGCCAAGGCGGCCUGGACAGCACCCAUGGCCGAGGCGUCCAGAAGACCGAUAAAGAGGGAGUUGUCCAGUUUGACACGGUGUUUCCGGGCCAUUAUGUAGGUCGCACCAACCACUUCCACGUCAUGUCUACCACCGGCGCCAAAGUCUUGCCCAACGGCACGUUCCAAGGUGGCACCGCUCAGCACAUCGGUCAGACAUACUUUGACGAAGCUCUUAUCAAGGCUGUCGAAGCCGGCGAGCCAUACAACCAAAACAAGCAGCCGGCUACAUCCAACGCCGAGGAUGGGAACUCGGCCGAUGAGGCCACGCCCGAGUACGACCCCUUUAUGAAUUAUGUAUACCUUGGUGAGCAGCCGUCGGACGGUCUGCUCUUGUGGACUACCAUUGCCAUCGACCCUGCCGCCGACUAUAACAGGCAUCGGACUGCAGCCGCUCACUGGCACCCUGAAGGUGGCGUCGACCAGUCACACCGCAGGGGUUCGCCCAAAUAA